AUGGGUUCAAAGCCGAGGAUCAUCACCGUGGCAGCUGCACAGCUUGGGCCCGUCAAGAGUCUCGACACCCCCCGGCAAGAGACACUCGGUCGUAUGAUCACCCUGCUUGACGAAGCUGCUAAAGCGGGCGCCCGACUGGUUGUGUACCCCGAGCUUGCAUUUACCACAUUCUUCCCCUCGCACAUCAUUGAAGAUCCAGACAAGCUCGCAAGAUACUUCGAGGCCACUUCACAGGCAGAACCUUAUGCAGUCAUCAACUCGCCCAACGUCAAGCCCUUGAUUGAGAGGGCGAAUGAGCUUGGCGUCGAUGUCAGCUUUGGAUUUGGGGAACGUUUCACCUCUGAAGAUGGCAAAGUGACUGAUUUCAAUUCUGCAAUUUACUACUCUGCGACCCAAAAGAGGGGAAUAGCGAAGUAUAGAAAAGUUCAUCUGCCAGGUCGCGUCGACAUCGAUACUCGACCCAAUGUAAUACAACAGCUCGAGAAGCGCUAUUUCACACCAGGCGACCUUGGAUUCCAGGCAUUCCGGGUCCCUGAUCUAGUCGACGGCGCGCUGAAGGCAGCAGAUGUUGUUUCUGAACAAGACCUAGAGGGGAAGGGGGACCCUAUUGAGGGCUAUAAUACCACUGCUUAUGCGCCUCAAUAUGCUGGCGACGAAGCAGAGCAAGAAGCCGAGGCUCUCUUUCACCACCGUCUAUCAUGCCAGAGCGGCAGUUACACCAACGCGUGCUAUAGCAUCAACGUCGCCAAAGCUGGCUGGGAGGACCAUGGAAAGAUGAUUGCCGGGUCUAGCAUUAUCGAUCCAAACGGGCACAUCAUCGCGGAAUCGAAGUCACACGAAGAUGAGCUUGUCAUUGCAACAAUUGACCUGGCCACGUGCAGGAAGGGAAAAGAGAGAGUAUUUGCCUUCGGUAGGCACAGGAGGAUUGAGCAUUAUUCACUUCUUUCGGAACAAACUGGCGUGAAAGAGCCACCUCUACUUAGCUAG